CUUGAUUGGAAAUUUGCAAGCGUGAGUUCGAUAAAGAUGGCGAAAAAGCAAAAUAAAGUGUCACAGAUAUUACAUGAAUGGGAAUCCAAAUUGGACUGCUGUAAUACAAACAAGAUGAAAAGAAGAGGUCAGAAGGGAUCAAGAAAAGGGUGCAUGAGAGGAAAGGGAGGUCCAGAGAAUGGAGAAUUUCAUUACAGAGGAGUGAGGCAGCGCACUUGGGGCAAAUGGGUUGCAGAGAUAAGAGAACCCAACAAAGGAAGGCGCCUCUGGUUGGGAACUUUUGACACAGCCGAUGAUGCUGCUCUUGAAUAUGACCGUGCUGCUAAAAUCAUGUAUGGGUCUUCUGCGUUCCUUAAUAAUCCUUCACCUGAACCUCAAAAUCAUAAACCUGAAAAUUAUUCUUCUGAAAAUUAUGCUUCUACCAUAGACUAUCAUAAACCUGAAAAUUAUGCUUCUACCAUAGACUAUCAACAGGAAGAGUUUUGCUCUCCUGAGUUUAGCGACUCUGAUAUGGAAGAGUUACUGAGGCUUUUGGAUGAGGGUGGAGUUGAUGGAAUAUCUUCUGAUGAAGGAAGGAAAUCUUCUGUAAUGGCGUUUAACGAAUUCGGACUGGAAUUAGAAGAUAAGCGAAGAAUUGGUAUGUCAGAAUUAGAUUCUCCGGACUCUCGGUUAGAUUCUGUGGACUGGCCGUUAGAUUGGAGCUCAAACUCCGAGUUACGAUGGAUUGACAGGCCCUUGCCAAUUUCAUAACCGGAUUAAUUGUAUUUGUAUUUGUUCAAUCAAUGGAAUAUAUGCAAAAUUUGUAUUGGCA